AUGCUCAGAGAUUACAUUGCGGCGAUUUGCAUCGCUUGGUACAUCUUCAUAGCCUGCGUCUGUGCCAUUGGCUACAUUUGUCUGUUUCUUUACUAUCGCCAGACCCCUUCCCCAGGUACCGUUCUCUCCGAGUCAGCAAACCACGAGAGCAUCCCCAAUGUCACGGUCAUCCGCCCUUGCAAGGGACUCGAACCUCACCUGUACGAAUGUCUCGCCUCGACGUUCCAACAAGCCUACCCCCGAGACAAGAUAGCGGUGCAUUUCUGCGUUUCGUCGCGAUCCGAUCCUGCCUAUGGGGUUAUCGAGAAAGUCGUCAAUGACCAUGGGUCUCGGAAUGCGCGGAUCUUCGUCGAGGAGGAAGACGAUGGACUCGCCAACGGAGACGAAGAGGAGAGCAACUACCGCAGGUUGCAUCUGGGACCCAACCCAAAAAUUCGGAACAUGAGCAAGGCCUACCGCGAGGCAGGGAAGCGCGAUCUCAUAUGGAUACUCGACUGCAAUGUCUGGGUGGGCCGGGGUGUCUGUGCACGCAUGGUUGACAGGUUGUGCGGUUUCACCCGAGACGGACAACCACCAGCUACGCCAUACAAGCUGGUCCAUCACCUGCCUAUAUCAGUCGAUGUGGACGUACACGCCUACGAGGGUGGUAUCGGGGCGACGCACUCUCCGUCCCACAGCGGCGGCCCUUCCACACCGGGGCUUUCCCUUGGUAUUGGGUCGCGACUCGACCAGCUCAAGCGGAGUGCAGGUGGCCACGUUGAAGAACUCUUUCUCUCUUCCUCCCACGCGAAGAUGUAUGUUGCCAUCAACGCCGUGGCCGUCGCACCCUGCAUCGUGGGAAAAUCCACCAUGUUCCGACGUGUGCACUUGGAUCAUCUCACAGCACAAAGGGCUCUCGAGGAAGACAAGGCCAGGAGGAAGCGAGACAACUUAACGGGCCGUGAAGCAGCAAACAGCGGUUUUGUCCCAAAUGCACGGGUUGGCAUCGACUAUUUCUCCCACAAUAUCUGCGAAGACCACCUCAUCGGCGAUCUGCUCUGGAAAUCCCCCAUCCCCACAACCCCCGAUCUCCCCCAGAACAUGAAGAACCACGGCCUUGUCUACGGCGAUCUCGCUAUCCAGCCCAUCAACUCCAUGUCCCUCCCGUCCUACAUGUCCCGGCGCGUUCGGUGGCUGAGGGUGAGAAAAUUCACGGUCCCGGUAGCCACGCUGGUUGAACCGGGCACUGAGAGUUUUCUGUGUUCGCUGAUGGGCGCUUGGGGCUUGACGACCUUCAGCGGUACGAAAGGCUGGGCGGGGGAUUCGUGGGGACGGUUGUGGAUGUGGUGGCUGCUGAGCAUCCUCUGCUGGAUGGCGGUGGAUUGGACCGUGUACCUGUUGUUGCACUCGGGUCGGACCAUUGAGACAUCUACGCCAACAUCCUCAUCAGCAUCCUCAUCCUCAUUCAUGGGUUCGAACACAGACCAAGCAGCAGCAGCGGCAGCGAACGAAGUACCUGUCCCUGCAUUCGCCCUCCCCCUGUCAUCCACCUCACGCUCCCGACGUCGCUUCCCCGUCUGGCUUUUGGCGUGGCUCGGUCGCGAAUCCCUCGCCUUCCCCAUCUGGACGUGGGCGAUCUGGGGCGGCACGAGCGUGACCUGGCGCGACCGCAGGUUCUGGGUCGGGUUUGACAUGAAAGUGCACGAAAUCCCAGACGACAAGAACGACCACUCACGCCGAAGAUUGGUGGAGAAGAGUAAUGGACACGCGACGAAUGUGGAUAUGAAUGCGAAUGCGAAUACAAAUGGGACGUUGAGGGAACGUAAAGGAGCCGAAUCGGAGUUGAUAGAGCGAACAAGUGUACAAAAGUAUGAGUGA